CUCAUUCCAGCGACACUCGCUUAGGCAAUCAUUGUAGCAGCGAGGACAGCGACCAUUGAAUAGUUGCUGGCCUGUGGUGGGCCGACUGCACGGAACUGAAGGCAUUCCCUAUGGACUGUUAAGCGGAACUAUAAACACGCAGCUAAAAUGAGCGACCGGCGGAAAAUGGGCUAUUGGGAGCCUUUUAAUACAUGGUGGCGGGACCACGUCGCAAAGUUCGACAAGCGGCCAAAUGUGCACGAGAUGAAGAGCUGGUAUGACGCCAACGCUGCUCACGUCUGGGGCGGUACUGGACCGACGUGGGACGAGACAAAGAAGCACAGCAAGGGCAUGCGGCGUCUCGAGGACAUCCCCGACUACUUCCGCAAGUACCGCAAAGGCCGCAAAAAGAAGGGCGGGGCCGGCGGCGACACGAGCAGCAGCGGCGGCAGCGAUACGGAAGCCAUGGACUCGGAGGGCGCGCCCACACCGCCGCGUGGUGGUCGAGGCCGCGGCCGCGGCGGUGCUGCCGCCGCCAGCCGCCAGCGCGCGGCGUCAGCCUCGCACAUCCCCACGGUGCAGCCGCAGCUUGGGGCGCCGGGCGCGCCGCCGGGGCUGCCCUCGUUCUUCGGGCUGCCCUUCCUCACCGCCUGGCGCGCCCGGUCUGCCUCCUCCCCAGUGCUGCAGCAGAUGGGCAUGGACGGCGGCGGCGGCCCCGAGCGGCAGCACCAACAGCCGCUGGUGGCGGCGGAUCUGCCGCCGGGGCUGCCCUUCCCCAUUAACGUGGCCUCCGGCCACGCCGCGCCGCCGCACCUUCACCCGCGUCACGCCGGUGCGCUGCCGGUGGCGACAGCGGGUGGGCCGCCAAUGGGCCGCAACGGGCCCUUCGCCGGCGGCCCUGGCGACCCCAAGCUGCCGCCGCUGCACGGCUCAGGCGGGCCCGUGGGCAGUGCGGGUGGCGCCACCGCCUCGGACCUGUUCCCGCCCGCGGUGGUGGAGAACGCCUUUGGCAACUUCAUGGCCUCGCUGUCGGACGCCGUCAGCGACGGCAGCGCACCGCCCAGUGCCGCCGCACACGACCUGAUGGCCAGCGCCGCAGCAGCAGCGGCGGCGGACGCUGCCACCGAAGGCGGCGGCGCCGGAGGCAGUGCCGCGCCCAGCCUGCCGCUGAUGGACAGCGCGCUGCUGAUGCAGGUACCCAGCUCGGCGCUGCCGCCUGACAUGCAGGUGUCUGAGGGGCGGGGCGUGUUUGGGAGGCUGUUCAGCCGCAACAGCACACUCAAGAUGGUACAUAGCCUUUUUGACCGCUGGGCGGCGCAGGAAGGGGGCGGCGGUGCUGGGGCGGCAGGGCCCGGCGAGGGCGCGACCGGCGGCCCCGGCCCUAGCGACGGUUCGGCAGGGCCCUACGCGCUGCAGCACCACAACCAUCAACACCACCCACAGCAGCAGGCGUAUCACCCGCACGACCCGCGCCGGGGACCCGCACCAUACGGCGGCAUGCAACAUCAGGGCCCGGGCGGGUACGGGCCGCUUCCGCCGCCAGGGGCGCCGUGGGGCCCUCCACAGCAGCAGCAUCCCGAGGCGGUGGGGUACAUCACGUACGCGCCCGGACCCGGCGGCUACCCCCCUGCUGGGCCGCGGCCGCCUCAUGCAGCGGCGGCAACCGGCGCGGUGCUGGGCAAGCGCGGGCGGGAGGAGAGCAACGGCAGCGCCACCACGUCGUCAGCGGCGGCGGGCGGCCCCGGCCGCAAGCUGCAGCGCGGCCUCAGCGGCGUCUUCAAGCCGCUGCUCAGCAUCGUGUCCUUCGGCCGCCGCAACCGGGACGCCGCAAACGCCGCAGCCGCGGCAGCGGUCGCCGCCGGGUCAGGGGCGCCCGCGGCGGAUGGCGCUGGCGCUGCUGGCGCGGGCACCAGCGGCGCGGACGGCGCGCCGUCGGUGGGCCUGGGCGCGCUGGGCUUGCCGUCCUUGCUGGACGGGCCGGGCGGCCUGCUGUCAGCCAUUGACUCCAAGCUGUUUGAUGGGCUGCCUAGUCUGGUGGGCGUGGACGGAGUCGACGCGGAGGCGCUGACGGCGCUGGCAGCCACAUUGGACGCGCCGCAGGAAGGAAGCGAUGGCGGUGGCGGCGCUGGGGGAUCGGGCGUGCAGGUGAAGACGGAGCCGCGCGUGAGCGGCGACAACGGAGUUGGCCCGGGGCCGGAAGACGGGCGGGCGCAGCAGGAGGCGGAGGCGGAAGCCGAGGCGCAGGCGAUACGGUUGCCGGAGCAGGCGGUGGGCGUGAGCGCGGAGUCGCACCUGCCCACGCCCUUCGUGGUGCCCGAGAUGCAGGAGCGCGUGGCACCCGGGCAGCAGCACCACCAGCCCUCAUCCUUCACGCACUCGGGCGGGGGCACCAUGGCCGCCACGGUGGGCCCAGCCACUGGCUCACCGCAGGGCUGGGGCCCUGUGGACGCAAGCGGCGGGCCGGGGUCGUCGCAGGCACACACCGUCACGACCGGGGCCGGCGGCAGCGGGUAUGCCAACAGCCCGCACGAUUACCAGCAGCAGCACAUGCAGCAGCGGCACCAGCAGCACCAGCAGCAGCACCAGUACCAGCAGCAUUACGGCGCACCGCCGCCGCAUUUCUAUGCGCCACCGCCGCCGCGUAUGGGUGGCAGCGGUGCGGAAGCCAGCGGCAGCGGCGCGGGGCCUUCUGGGUGGGGCGGCGCGCCGCCGACAGCUCUGCAGCCGCACGCCUACCACCACCACCAACAGCAACCGCCCUACCCGCACCAACCGCCGUACCUGCAGCCGCCGCAGCACCAGUACCCCUACCAGCUGCAGCAGUUUCCCGGCCAACAGGGCCAACAGGGCCAGCAGCAGCCGGGCCAGCAGCAGCCGGAGGGCGGCAUGGGCGGCAGCCUGCUCAUGAAGCUGAGCAGCACCAUGUCGGACGUCUUCAAGAGCCUGUCAUGGAGGUAGUGGUGGCAGUAGCAGGCGCAGUACCAGGGGCUGUGGCAGUAGCAAUGGGAAUGGCGGAUGCCGCUGUAACGGAUGGGUGCGCCUGGGCGAGUGCAGGCGGCGGGGCGGGGCGGUUGCUGAUGAGGCACGGCCGGGUGGGCAUCUGGGAUAAAGUGUACCUUUGCUUGCGAUGGACAACGAGGCUGUUCGUCCCUGCGAAGGUGCGGGUCUGUUGUGGAUUGAUGUGGGCGUGGGUGCCGGCACCGUAGAUAACGUGCGCGCAAGCAAUCAAGAUGACAGAUGACAUGGGCGGUUGCGGCUGAUCUCCACAAGUAACAGUUAGAUGCGCGGAGCUGUCCCACACCAUACUGAUGUGUACACAGGCCCACUCGCUGAGUGGGCAAUGGCUGGAUAAUGCAAUGGCGAUAUAGACUUUCGGAUUCUCCAGCGUUGUUGGGUAUAGCACAUUCGGUGUACAUGUAUGCGCUCGAUUUGUGCAGCGGGCGCGUGGGGGCGUGUUCUGCCCCACAGUACUUAUGCACUGUACUGGUUCGCUGCUGCUUGCCUUUCGGACCUUGUCGAGUGUUGUGAGGACGGAGGUUUGCCAAUUGCAAGAGCGCGUGUGUGUAUCCAGCCCCAACUGACUCUGAUCUCGUAGAGCUGGCGGUCGCAGAUGCGGUUGCGGCCGGAUGCGUGGGCCUGUGGGAGCCAACGUUACUACACGAUCCUCUAGGGCCCCUUGCCUCUCGAUGAUGUGCAAAGCAUCGAGACGCGGAUUGCAUGGGCAGGGUUACACACUUAUGAUUGCGCAUUCGGUGACGCGGUGUUGCGCGCGGUAGGGUGCGGGCCGUGAGGUGUCGCCUCCCAUAGGGCUUGAAGGGAUGCACACGGUACCCUGAGGCGGCCAUGCAAGUACAUGUGGCUAAUCAUUAUGCUGCCAGGGUAUAUGGUCAAAAUGGACCUUUGAAACCGACCCUGGGUCAAUUUGCACGACUAUCUGGAUACCGCGUUUGGACGCCUGCGAGUUCGCGAGACGGAAACCCCCCGUUACACAGACCGCCAAAGUCGCGCCCGUUUGGCGAACUCGCCACAGGAGCGCGAUUUCAUUGUUUUGCCAUACUUCCUCAAUAGCGCGAUUUGUGAGCCGCGAACUCGUGCAGACCGAAGCCCGUCUUCAACAGUUUUCCGCAGUUCCCUUGCGUGCCCGUUAUAAGUGCGGGGAAAGCAAAUCAUUUACAGGCGGUGCCCAUUGCGAGCAAAUAAGGAAGCAAGCGUUUUCGUGAGGUUCUGGAUUUAGCUUCCGUUUUUGUCGUAAGUUUGCUACGCAAUGCACUUGUGGGUUUGUCUUAUUAGCCUUUAA